AUGAGUUUCGAAGAGCUGAGCUAUCUAGGCGCUUCUGCCGCCUUCGCCGCCUACAUUGUCAGCACCGCCGCGGAUACGUACUACUCUGUAGUACACGGCCAACAUCUCACGGCAUGCCAUACAAUCUUCUCCCUCUGGGCCGUCCCCGUCGCGUUCGUGGCUCAGAGAGCGUGCUACAGAAACUACGUCAUCUCCCGAACGGCGCGUAAGAAAGGCUGCAAGCCAGCAAAUGCCUUACCCCAACGAGAUCCCAUACUCGGCCUCGACGUCUUCUACCGCACCAUCAAGAGCGCCGGCAAGGGGCGCAUCGUCCAACAAUGGCACGAAUGGUUCCUGGAAAACGGCAACACAUUCACGACGAAAUAUCUCGGGACGAAGACUUUCUUCAUCAAUGAGCCCGAGAACAUAAAGGCCGUGCUGACCCGCGAGUUUGAGAACUUCCCCAUCAGGGGUCCGAGGCUGACGUCAACGUUGCUUCUGGUGGGCAAGAAUUCGAUUCUUUCGACGAAUGGGAAGGAGUGGCAUGAUGCGAGGGCUUUGAUCCGGCCGACUUUUAUGCGAAAUCAGGUGUCUGACUUGGCUAUCAUGGAUCGUCAUGUUGAUUAUCUCCUGGAUAAGAUUCCCGCUGACGGAUCGGCGGUGGACAUGCAACGUCUGUUUUACAUGCUCACGAUGGACUCAUCGACCGAAUUUAUGUUCGGUCAAUCAACCAACACUCUUACAAGCCCCACAGAAGGGGCCCUGGAAUUCAUCAAAGCCUUCGACGCCGCCGUGCCUAGCGCAGCCAACCUUUCCCGCAUCGGCAGCAUCGCCCCGUACCUCCCCAGAAAGGAAUUCGAGGCGAGCCGCAAGGUCUACGUCGACUUCGUCGAGCGAUACAUCAAGGACACGCUGAGCAAAAACAAGGCGUCCGAACGGAGUUACAUUUUCCUGGAGGAGUUAGCUAAGACAGGCGCCACGCAUGACCAGAUCCGCGAUCAGAUUCUUGGUCUCCUUCUCGGUGGGCGGGAUACUACUGCCAGCGCGCUGUCCUCGCUGUUUUGGAUCCUUGCUAGACGGCCUGACGUGGUGGCGAAACUGAGAGAAGAUAUUUCUCUGUUUGGGGGUGAGAAGCCGACGUGGGAGCAGAUGAAGAACAUGCGUUACGUGAACUUUGUUAUCAAGGAGCUCUACAUCGCCGACAAGAUCUCUUUGGCCCCGAUGCCGACGAUUUUCGUCCAGAACGAUGGGAGAACUUGCGGACCCCAUGGGAGUGGAUUCCAUUCUCCGGAGGGCCUCGCAUAUGUAUCGGCCAACAGCUAG